UAUCCGUCCCUCGCCCUCUUCCUAUGUACCUCACAUUCCUCCAGUCCUGAGUCCCUGCAAUGACUACUCCUUCAGAAUCUGCUCCAACUGAACCGCCGCCGCCCGCGCCAGGCCACCUCAGUGAACGCGAGAUUUGGUGGAGAGACCAUCAGGUAUGGCUACGGGAACGAGGUUAUAUGCUCCGGCCUCGCUACAGACCUGAGUGGGUCCCGUCUUGGUCUAGUGGGCAGAGACAGUACUACGAGUGCGAGGAUGGCCAACGUCUUCGUCAUGGACAGCUCAUCGACGCUACGCGGGUUGCAGAUGGUGCCGUGGUCGUCCUCAAGCAAGUGUUGCGCACCGAACACCCUUAUGAAGUGGAGAUAGCUCAAUUCUUGACAUCUGAGCACCUGUUGUCGGACCCGAAGAACCACUGUGUCCCUAUCUAUGAAGUGCUACAAGACCCAGACGACUGCAAUAUACAAGUGUUGGUGAUGCCUCUACUCGGCAAAUUCUAUGACCCGCGCUUUCUGACAGUGGGAGAAGCUGUCGAGUUUUGCCGGCAAACAUUCGAGGGUCUACAAUUCAUCCAUGAACAACAUGUUGCCCAUAGGGACAUCUCAGAACUCAACAUCAUGUUGGAUCCUCAACCGCUGUUCCCACAACUCUUCCAUUUCGUUCGUCGGUCGCAGAACCGCGACAUGACGGGGACCGCGAGGCACUCUACUCGCACCCGGCAUCCUGUGAAGUACUUCUUCAUCGACUUUGGUCUUUCUCGAAAGUACGACCCAUCCGCCGGACCACCGCGGGCGCGUCCGAUAUGGGGUGGAGACCGAUCGGUCCCUGAGUUCCACAAGUCGCUGGAACCAUGCGACCCAUUCCCGACGGACAUCUACUACAUGGGCAACAUCGUUCGUAAUGUGCUGCUACAGGAGUAUCGUGGUCUGGAAUUCUUGCAACCGCUUAUCGACGAUAUGGUCCAAGAUGAGCCGGCUAAGCGGCCAACGAUACAGCAGGUGGUGUGGCGGUUCGAGCUGCUGAGGGGAUCGCUCAGUACAUGGCGUUUGCGCUCACGGCUCGCUACGAGGAACGAGGACUGGCUCGUUCGUUCGCUCCGAGUGAUCGCACACGUUUUCCGGACCGUCCUCUACGUUCUGACGUUCCGCCCUGCUCUUCCCGUGCCAUAAAUACAUCCUCGCUUCUUGAUGUUUGCCUAUCUCUUCGAGGUCUGCGUUUCCCGUCCGCUCUCAGUGGCCCGCACAUAGCGUAUCGGAGCACGAGGCGCGUUCGAGGCCCCAGUCUUCGCUUUUUGCAUACUUGUACUAGCGCGGGGACGUGUAUGGUUCUUGCAUCUCUUGGUCGGCUUCGUUGUUCCAUGUCGUUGAUUCCCAAACAGCGCAUACACCUGCCUCGCUCUGCCUCCGUAUAUAUAUCAUUACUAAAGGCUUGCUUAUACGUGGACGAGAUGUACUGUAUCAUUUGCGCACUACUAGCAUCGUUCUUCUUUCAACCUC